ACAGCUGACCCCCCUCCCCUUCUCUCCCCCCUCCAGGAGCCACCAUGCCAGUGCCAGUGGGGAUCCUCCGGUUGCCACGCGGUCCUGAGGGCGGAAGCCGGGGCUUCAGCCCCACAUCUCCCCGCUUCCAGGCACUGCUGGGGGGGGACACAGCCACGCAGGAAGCACGGGCGACCCUCCGGCGGCGGUACCUGCAGGCGCUGGCGGCCGCCCGUGGUCGCCCCACACGAUUCUGCCUGCGGGCGGGUGUCUCCGUGGACGCCGUCUUUGGCGCCGCCGAUGUGGAGGCCGUGGCCUUCCAGGUGGACGCCCUGCAGACGCCCCUCGGGGUGCAGGCAGCUGCCUUGCUGCGUUACACUGACGUCCUCGCCUACUCCUUCCUCCUCGACAGACCAUUAAUUAAAUAAAAACCACCCCUUUUUUUACCCUUU